AUGCCAUGUUCCUGUCUGCACAUUGCGGGAGAGACAGUUAUUCAGCAAGGUGAUGAAGGAGACAACUUCUAUGUGAUUGACCAAGGUGAAGUGGAUGUAUAUGUGAACGGAGAGUGGGUGACCAGUAUCGGGGAGGGGGGCAGCUUUGGGGAGCUGGCCCUGAUCUACGGGACCCCCCGAGCCGCCACCGUCAAGGCCAAGACUGACAUGAAGCUGUGGGGCAUCGACCGGGACAGCUACCGACGCAUCCUCAUGGGUAGCACACUGAGGAAGAGGAAGAUGUACGAAGAGUUCCUGAGCAAGGUCUCCAUCCUCGAGUCUCUGGACAAGUGGGAGCGUCUGACUGUAGCUGAUUCUCUGGAGCCGGUCCAGUUUGAGGACGGGGAGAAGAUCGUGGUACAGGGAGACCCCGGAGAUGACUUCUUCAUCAUCACAGAGGUACACGAGUGUGUGUUUGUGUGUACGCAUGUCUUUUUACAGUUGUCACUAGCUUCCACAGCCACAAAGUCAUCAAUAUGGCUAAACCUCACCUAUUUCUACAAUGUAUCUUCUUAAAAUGUGAUUUGAACC